AUAUGAAUGUUUUCUCUCUCUCUCUUUCCCAAUCAGUUCAACCUAUAUGUUACAUUGAAGCUACACUUUCAGUACAGAUAAAAUGAGCAAGAAGAAUCCUCUGGUUUUUUUAGAUGUGUGUAUUGAUGGUGAUCCUGCUGAAAGAAUGAUAUUUGAGCUUUUUCAUGACACGGUUCCAAAGACUGCAGAAAACUUUCAUGCCUUAUGUACUGAGGAGAAAGGAAUUGGUAAGAAGAGUGGAAAGCCUCUACACUACAAGGGUUCCUUUUUCCAUCGAAUAGUUAAGGGGUCAAUGACACAGGGUGGAGAUUUUGUUAAAAGAGAUGGUAGCUUUGGAGAAAGCAUUUAUGGAGAGAAAUUUCCAGGUAUUUCUCCCUGUUUAAAUUUACCUUAUCUGGUCCCCUCGCUAGCCUAGAUGGUUAUAUAGA